AUGAACUGAGUCAAGCACAAGCUGUUGAAAUAGUAAAAGCCUCUCUCCUCCGAUCUUUAUCACCCAGAGCAACCAGACAGACACCGACGCCAUUGCAGUGCACAGGAGAACCCUACCCUGGGUGAAGCUACAUCAAUAGAGCAUGCUACGUAGGAAUAUACCUUCUCUUCAACAAAACAACAGACUCCACUGAACUGAGAGUCUGUUUUUCCUUUCAAUUCUCCCCAGAAUUAUUCUAUUUUCUCAUUCUAGGACAGCAUUGUUCCUCUCCUCAGCGACUACCCUCGGAGCAGACACUCCCACAACACACCAGGACACCCCAGUCUGACCAAACAAAAGUUGUGGAAACCUAUCAACUUUGGAGAGAAGCCUAUCUAUACGGCCGGAUAUACGGUGGCCUUCCAGUGCAGAGAGAGAGUGACAUUUGGGGAGAGAAAGAGGGGAUUUGGGGAUUUUUCUCUCUUCUGGUGGGUCUGUGAAAGUCUGUCAAGACGCCGCGUGCCGUGCUCCGCGUGAAGAAUGCCCAGGCGAGGAUGGCCAAGCCGGCUGAGCCAGCACCAACACCUGGGCUCUACAUGGAGCGCUCGCAGAGUCGGAUCAGCCUGUCGGCCUCCUUCGAGGCCCUGGCCAUCUACUUCCCCUGCAUGAACUCUUUUGAUGAGGACGAUGUCGGUAAGCAGCCUAAAGAUGCUGAGGGUAGAAGGCUAAAGGGGAUCCAAAGGAGCACUGAGACGGGACUGGCUGUAGAGAUGCCCAGCCGCACUGUACGCCAGGCCAGCCACGAGUCCAUUGAAGACAGCAUGAACAGCUACGGCUCAGAGGGCAAUCUAAAUUACAGUGGGAUGUGCCUUGCCUCUGACGCCCAAUUCAGUGACUUCCUAGAUGGGAUGGGCCCUGCACAGUUUGUUGGGCGACAGACAUUAGCCACAACAUCAUUGGGUGAUGUUGAAAUAGGCCUGCUGGAGCGAAAUGGUGGUUUGGAGGUGGAGAUUGUGCAGGCCAGAGGACUCACACAGAAACCUGGAUCCAAAGGACCUCCAGCGGCUUACAUUAAAGUGUACCUACUUGAAAAGGGGAUCUGUGUUGCAAAAAAGAAGACAAAGUCGGUUAGGAAAUCCCUGGACCCUCUGUAUAACCAAGUGCUGGUGUUCUCGGAGAGUCCACAGGCGAAAGUCGUUCAGGUGAUUGUUUGGGGAAACUACGGACGCAUGGAUCGUAAAUGUUUCAUGGGUGUCGCCCGCAUCUUAUUGGAGGAGCUGGAUUUGACGAGCAUGGUGAUUGGCUGGUACAAGCUUUUCCCCACCUCGUCCAUGGUGGACCCCACGAUGGCACCGUUGAUCCGGCACUCUUCCCAACUGUCCUUGGAGAGCACCGUGGGCCCAUCCUUUGAGCGCUCUUAAGAACUUUGCUUACUGGCUCUUUUUGAACACACCCUUCCCUUUGUGUGCCACCCAAAAGAAAUGCACUACCCCUUCAGAGGGACAUAUACUGACCGUAGUGUACUGCUCUGAGAUGGUUAGUGACACUGGCCUGGCACUGUUUUUCAGAAGAAAACAGCAGAUAAAGGGGGCACCAUAGGUCUAGAAAGACUUUGAGAAUAGGAUUUCCUUAUUCUUACUCUUGACUUGGGCUGUUUUUUUUUUACAUGGCCCCAGAUAAUAUGUCAGUGCGUGUCAUGGGAGCAAGAGAGAGGUUUGCAAACCUCCUCUGGGGAGGUUUCAUUCCUGUGUUCUGGUGGCAGCCAUUGGGUCUGAAGCUGAAGGUUGCAACACAGAGGGGAAUGUGCAAUAUCAUGGUUAUAAUGUAGCUGGUACAGAAGCAAACAAGCCAACACAAGUUCUAGACAUCUACCACCAAGGGAAGCAGAUUAUCUCUACAAUAAAAUAAGCCAAGCUGAGAAUUCAAAUUUAAAUUGAGCUUAAGUGUUGUUUGAAUAGAUUUAAGAUUGUCUUUGAAGCUUGGCUAACAUUCUAACAGUUUCAACUGUGCCAAUUUACCAGUAAGUGUCUUGACUUUGUGGCUUGUGCCAUUGUUCAAAAGGGUAAUUUUGGAACGGAAACAUCUGAUUACAGCUCGUGACAGAGGCACUGAAGCUUCAGUUAUAGCUGCCCUUUUUUAAAUUACAAUCAUCAUUAUGACACUGUCAAAGCAGGUAGUGAUUAACACAACUCCACAAGUGAAGCAGUGAGGAAAGCUUGAAAUAUAUUUUUUCAUCAUCAACAAAGGUCUGAGAGGAAAUAUGACAGAUAUAUAAUUAAAUCAAAUGAAUUUACAGAAAAUUGUAGAGCUGUAGGGUAAUGAAAAUAACAUGUAUUUUAUUUGGCCACUUUAUUAUAGAUGUUUUUUUUAUGAAUGUUAGUCUUGAGUGAGCCAAAGUGUGUUUUUUGAUUUAUUUGAUUCAUGUUCAAAGGGCAGAGAUGCAGAACUUGGUAGCAUAGUAAGGUUGUAGCAUUAGGUGGUAGCAUCUGCAUGACAGAAUACCGUAUUAGCUUAUCACAAAAUAAUAAUAGUAAGCAUGAGAUAUUACAAGGGAAUGUGAAACAGCACAAGUUGGUUAAAACUAAAUUGUACAUUGAUUGAGGAGCUAAACGACAAAACACACACAGUGCCAACGAACAGUUAAAAGUGGUUCAACGUAGAAUGGUCGGCAAAUAAACAGAAGAUUAUGGCCAAUGUUCUGGUCAGAGGGGAUAGGAUGGACACCCAUGGCUUUUAACCAUUCACUGGAACAUUGUGUAUUAUCCUUAACAUGUAGCAGUUAAAUUCAGAUUUAUGAAGAUUAUUGCAAUUCUGACUUAUGUGCUACUGUCGAAAACAGAAUAGCUGUAUUAAAUAUUAAGAAACAAGUGUAUUUGGUCCGUUUAAGUACUAUACAGAACACCUGGAUCUAGCUAGAAUGAGCCUACACGUUGUGUAUAAUGCAUUAAGUCAACAUUUUUAUGAAAUGUAAAAAAAAAAAUAUAUAAUAUGGAGAGAACAUUUUGAAAAUGCUGAAUUAACUUGAAGACUAAAUUCAAGUCUUAAGAUGAACAUUAAAUUGUAGGCACAGCAUCAAAGUGGUAAAGAUUAGAGCUCACUAGAGCAGGUAGCACUGGUACAGGAAUAUGAUACUAAAACUUACUGUUUUGAAACAUGUAUUUUUCCAACCAAUAUCUUCAUUUUGUAAAGCAAUAAGUAGCAGCACCCAUCCACAACAAUCCACAACAAACCUCCAUGUUUUGUCCCUCGAAGUGUGAUGUAUAAGGCUAAAACUAUAAUUAAGCUAAUACAACCUGUAAGUAAUUUAUAUGCAAUCCAGUGUAGACAAUAAGUUUAGCACCUGUGUAAAGUAUGUAUGUACUGUAUGUAUGUAUGCAUGCAUUUGUCAGUUCAAACAUAUGCAUACACUUAUACACUUAUACACGUACGCACGCACGCACAUGUGUGUGAGUGUAUAAGUGUAUGAACUGACAAAUGCUACAUCAUUAGGGUGGUACAAUAGGACAAGAUUAAACAGAGUUGGUGAUAGUAUGAGAAUCAGUUUCACUCACAGUCUGACCAGAAAACUCAUUUACCACAUUGUAAGAAGUUUACAAUCAAAAAAGAAAACAUUUGGAUUGAACCUUUACUAGCCUGAACAUGUUAUAUAGAAUAGACAUGAAAAGAAAGAUGCCAUAUUAUUAAAGAAUAUUGGAAAAACUAGUUAAGGAUUUAAAACAUUUGUAAAAAGUGCAUUGUACUGUACGAUUGUAUUUUGUAAAUUUCACACAUGAAAAAAAAUAUUUUGAUCAAAUGUAUAGAUCAAAUCAAUCUACUUAUCUUAACUGGAAUGUUUUUGUAUUUGUUAUUUCUUUGUGCCAAAGUAUUUUCUUUUUAUAUGUAAAACAAACCUUUUGGGAAAAAUCUAUGUUUUCAAAAAUAACUGAUAUUAUUUAGUACCAUGUAAACUGAAAGAUACACAUGGCAUUAAAUAAUCUAUCUCCAUUUUAAAACUGAUGGAAGGUUUUAGUUUGAGGAAUAACCUUUAUCAAUUAAAGAUAAUACCUCCCAGGCUUCUGUUCCUUAUACCAUUACUUUCAAAAUCAAUUUAAAGUAGCUAUAUGAAAAAUUAAUCAAAUCAAAUAAUAUUGACAUUGCAUGGUUGUCAUUCACCUACUUUAGUACUUCAGUGUACCAUUUUGGAUUUCCAAAAUGAAAGGAACAUGGUUCAUUGUAAAAUUGACCAACUGUGAUAUAAUAAAAAAUAAAUGUUAUGAUUGAAUGAAACACAUUGGUAUUGUAGGAAAUGUUUGAAGAAUGCUCAAAAUAUUAACCAUGUAACUACUUACAAGUGCAACCCGAUUUCAAAUUUAACUUGUGGUUGUUUCAUAUAUCUCAGCCAUAGAGGUAUGAUAUCGCCUAUCCAACAGUUUAAUUAAUGGGUCUGAUGCAGUGGUGUGUGACUUUGAGUUUGUUAUAAUGAGAUGUUUCAAUAUGGUUAAAUGGUGGAGAAUGUCAAAAACACAAAAAUAUGCUGUCAUCAGAAUCACUAUCCCUUUUGUUUUACUCGUAUCUGUCAUGCACAUCUAAAUUCAUUACCAUCAAUUGUGAUGCAAGUAGAGGCCUUAAAAACACAAGAAUCAUACCAGAUGACUUAACAAUCCUAAAAUGUAAUUCAAGGAGCAAAAAAAGUGUGAAAAUGUGAACAGUUUUUUUUUCUCCCAUGUCUCAACUUAUUUUGAAUUCAAUUUUGUCCAAUGCUUAUUUUUUCACAGUUUCAUUUGCCCCAUGUUGGCGUCUCUGUUGCUAUGCGGGUUUGGGUAUUUAAAAGAGGAAAGCACUGUUUUAUGUUCAUAAAAUACAUGGGUGUGUUUCAACUAGACCCAGAGCAUAUCAUUUUCUUGUGCAGAGGUGUGGGAUGAAAUGGGGAGCACAUCCUUUCUGAUGCUGUUAAGCAUGUGGAUCCUUGGUUUAUUCACAAUAAUUUAUAACAUGAAUAUUUGAAAUUCUUUCAAACUAAUUGUUGAGUAAUGCACAAUUUGGUGAAUUAUUAUUCUAUUCCAACUGUCAAUAAAAUCGUUUAGUCCUAUUUGUAACAACA